AUGCCUCUACUAUCCGAGAACGGCGUGCCAGCAAAGGUGCUAGUCCCAGAGAACCUAUCACCUGAUGGCCUAGCUUUGCUCAGAACUACACUGGAUGUACACGAGAAAAGAGGUCUCAGUCCAGAAGAGCUGCUGAGAAUCAUCCCGGAUUACCAAGCAUUGCUUAUUCGUUCAGAGACCAAAGUCACUGCCGAGGUCUUGCGGGCUGGGAAGAAUCUGAAGGUUGUUGCGAGGGCGGGAGUUGGUGUUGAUAACGUUGAUGUCCCUACUGCAACCAAGCUUGGGAUUGUAGUUAUAAAUUCCCCUUCAGGGAAUGUCGGCGCUGCCGCAGAACAUACCAUAGCACUCAUGUUAUCAAUGGCCAGAAACAUCUCUGAAGGCUGUUCAACCCUCAAAGCUGGUAAAUGGGAAAGGAGUCGGUUAGUGGGCAUUGAAGUAAAAGGCAAAACUCUAGGAAUCAUUGGAUUGGGAAAAGUUGCGCGGCUCGCCAAGGGGCUCGGUAUGAAGGUUAACGCUGUGGACCCCUAUGCUUCCCCAGCAGUUGCAGAAUCCGCCUCUGUCAACCUUUUUCCUUCCCUCGCUGCUCUACUACCAACAGUGGACUUUCUCACGAUCCAUACACCCUUAAUCGCAUCUACGAAGGGCAUGAUAUCUUCAGCAGAGAUUUCACAGAUGAAACGGGGUGCUCGUGUACUAAAUGUAGCUCGUGGUGGGACUGUUGACGAAGUCGCCCUUCUUGAAGCUCUGGAAUCAGGCCAGCUGGCUGCAGCAGCAGUCGAUGUAUUUACCUCUGAACCACCAUUUGCUGACUCCAGCGCGUCAAGACUAAUCGCCCACCCUCGUGUGGUGGCCACUCCGCAUCUUGGUGCUUCUACCGUUGAAGCACAGGAGAAUGUCUCCAUUGAUGUUUGCGAGCAAGUGCUUCAGAUAUUAGGCGGUGCUCUUCCCCGAAGCGCUGUAAAUGCCCCGCUGAUUUUACCAGAGGAGUAUAAGAAGCUCCAACCGUUUGUGCAUCUCGUUGAGAAGAUGGGAAGCUUGUAUACGCAGCAUUAUACCUCGUCCUCCACAUACACAGCAAACAGUACUGCGUUUGACCUGAUCUAUGAAGGUGAGAUUUCGGGAAUUAACAAUACAAAACCACUCUUCGCUGCCUUGGUUAAGGGCCUCAUUGCGCCGAUCAGCAAUACCGCAGGUGUAAACGUGAAUAUAGUCAACGCAGAGCUCAUUGCAAGAGAACGUGGCAUUGUCGUCAACGAGCAAUUUUCCCGAGACCAGGCAUCACACUCAUAUUCUUCUCUCAUCACACUGGUCGCUCGCCCGCCUUCCCGCCCAUCCUUCCGUCCCCCACCAGGCGAGGCAAUUUCCGUUUCCUCCGCAAAACUGGUCCCCGAACAACAAAUAAUUUCUGGGACAUGCUCGCAGUCUCAACCCCUAAUAUCUCGGCUCGGUCGAUUUACUACCUCCUUUGCUCCUGAAGGGACGUUGCUAAUUUGUCACAAUUAUGACUCUCCUGGGAAAAUUGGAGUUGUCGGAAGUAUAUUGGGGAAGGGAGGUGUCAACAUCAACUUUAUGGGCGUGGCCCCUGUUUCCAAGAGCUUGCUAGUGGGUCAGAAGAUCAAAGGUCUUGGCGAGGUCAAAGCCGGCCUUGACGAAACAGGGUGUUAUGAACCUGAAAAGGAGGCAUUGAUGAUCCUGGGUGUAGAUAGGACUGUGGAAGAUAAUGUAGUUAAGGCUCUUGUGGAAGAAGGGGGGGCAUUGAGUGUAAGUGUGCUCUCACUGUAG